AUGACGGUUACAGAGGACGACAACCGCGGCCCUAAGAUCCUUGGGGUCUUGUGGGCUUUGACCGGCCUAACAACGUUCAUAGUCGCAGCAAGGAUGCUUAUCCGAGGAAAGUUACUGAAGAAUUUUGGCCCGGAUGACUGGUUAAUUGCCGCAUCCAUGUGCAUGGGCUUAGCUUACUGCGGCGUUACCACAGCCAAUGUGAUCAUUGGCUAUGGCAAGCAUGCUGUCUUUCUAAGCCAGGAUAACCUCGAGACGGCCAUUCUCCUCAACACCGUCAGCUUCCUUUUCGGCAUCCUCUCCUUCACCCUGCCUAAGCUGGCCGUCAGCGCCAUGCUGAACCGGAUCCUCAAUCCAACCCUUUUCCAUCGCAUUGCACUCUGGUUCUUAACUGGAUUCGCGGCCGUGGUAUCCGUGAUUUGUAUCCUUGUCCUUUUUACCAUGUGUGAUCCACCCAAGGCCCUAUGGAAAAUGCAUCUGGUCAUGGAAGGCGCUGCAACUUGCAAGGAUACCUGGAUACUAAUCGACUAUGCCAUUUUCACUGGAGCGCUCUCAGCUUGUGUCGACCUCUACCUGGCCAUUUACCCCACGACUAUCCUAUUGAGUCUGCAUAUGUCGCUGCGAAAGCGCCUGGCCCUGUGCGCAGCCUUGGGUCUGGGGUCCAUCGCCUCCGCAAUGGCCAUUAUAAAAUGCACGCAGCUCAAGGGCCUGGCCGACAAGUCCGACUAUACCUAUGGGACGGCAGAUCUCGUCAUGUGGACCAACAUCGAGUCCAACGUCGUUAUCGUCGCCUCUUGUAUUCCCACCCUCCAGCCCAUUCUCGAGCUCAUCCUCGGCAAGCGCUCGCUCGGGUCGUAUAGCAACAACUCCAGUCGCCAAAAGAAUAGCAAGUACAUGAACUCGACAUCCUACGUACACAGUCGUCGAUCGAUGGUCCGAAAGCCGGAGCCGACUAUCAACGAUGUCGAAAGCCAGGAGAGUAUCCUGCGCACCGACGACGACCAACACCACAAUGAUGCGCAUCCGCUGGGACAGAUUCGACGGACAGACAACGUGACGGUAGAAUAUGAGGCGAGGACAAAUGAUCCGGACGGAAGACCGUCGUGGUAG